AUGGCCGACUCCGAAUUGCCUACUCGUCCCAAGCCCCAAGAGGCCCAGGAAGCCGAUGCCCCCGCUGCGGAGGGUGCGGACGGCAAGAUCAGCAAGAGUGCGUUGAAGAAGGCUGCAAAGGAGAAGGCCAAGGCUGAGAAGGCGGCGGCACGAGCUGCUCAGGAGAAAGCUCAAGCGGCCGCGGCCGAAGCCAAUGACACGGCGAAGGGUCUGUACGGCCAGAUGCCCGAAUCCGAAGGUGUGCUGCCGACGACGAGGUUUAUUGAGAUCACCAACGACCACUACGAGAAGGAGAUCACCGUGGUGGCCCGUGUGGACAACGCCCGUGUCCAGAGUGCCAAGUUGGCCUUCUUGAUGCUGAGACAGCAGGGGCAGAAGGUGCAGGCGGUCAUUGCGGCCGCAGAGCCCAUCUCCAGACAGAUGGUCAAAUACACCGGCGGACUCAACGUCAACUCUAUUGUUCAGGUCACCGGCAUCGUUAAGAAGCCCGAGAUUCCGAUCAACUCGGCGACCCUCAGCAACCUUGAAAUUCACAUCCGCAAAGUCUACAUGAUUUCCGAGGCCCAACAACAGCUUCCUAUGCAGGUCAAGGAUGCGGAGAGGCCGCCCCCGGAGACCACAGAGGAGGGCCCUCAGGUGGACGCGGACGGCGCUCCGAUCGUCACGCUCAAGACCCGUCUUGACAAUCGCGUUCUCGACCUACAAACGGAGACGAGCCAGGCGAUCACCUGGAUCUCCAGCGGCGUUGCACAGCUGUUUACCGAGUACAUGAUUAAGAGCGGUUCGCGGUGGAUUUUCACACCCAAGCUGGUGGGCGCUGCGACCGAGGGUGGUAGCAACGUCUUCGAGGUCAAGUACUUCAAGAGGAACGCAUAUUUGGCGCAAAGCCCGCAGCUCUACAAGCAGAUGUGUAUCGCCGGUGACAUGGAAAGCGUUUUCGAAGUGGCCCCCGUCUUCCGGGCUGAGGACAGCAACACUCACCGACAUUUGACUGAGUUCGCCGGUCUCGAUUUUGAGAAGACCUUCCAUGGUCACUACCACGAGGUCCUGGAAUUUGCCGAAAAUCUUCUGGUCUUCAUCCUCACUCAGCUGAAGGAGCGUUACAAGAAUGAGAUUGCCGUUAUCCAGAAGUCGUAUCCCAAGGCAGGCGACUUCAAGCUCCCUAAGGAUGGAAAGGCACUGCGACUGAACUACAUGGACGGAGUGGCGAUGCUCAAGGAGGCUGGUGUCGACGUUUCCGAACAGGAGCGGUUCGAGAAUGAUCUCACCACGGCGAUGGAGAAGCAGCUGGGCCAGAUCAUCCGGGAGAAGUAUGACACCGACUUCUACGUGCUGGACAAGUUCCCCAUGGCCGUGCGACCAUUCUACACCAAGGCGUGCCCGCAGGAUCCCCAGUUCUCCAACUCGUACGACUUCUUUAUGCGUGGAGAGGAGAUCAUGUCGGGCGCCCAGCGUAUCAACGACAUCAAGGAACUAGAAGCCUCGAUGAUCGCCAAGGGCUUGGAGCCAAAGCAGGAGGGCUUCGAGGACUACUUGAAUGCGUUCCGCCAGGGAUGCCCGCCCCAUGCCGGUGGAGGUUUGGGAUUGAACCGGAUUGUCAUGUUCUUCCUGGGACUGCCCAAUGUGCGGCUGGCGUCCCUGUUCCCUCGUGACCCCCAGCGGUUGCGCCCAUAA